GCGAAUUGUUAUUGGAGACUGGAAACAACGUAAUGUAAACAGCGAUCUUGCCGAAAAUACUCAUAUAUUUUUAACGAAAGAUCGAUAUUAGAAUCCACAAAAAUGGAGAAUAAUAACUUGGAUCAUACAAAUGGGUAUGCUAGCUAUCCUAAUCUAGAAGAACAACUCAAAGAAAGUAACGAAAAAGAAAAAGAUUCGAUGGAAGUUCCCUCGACUCCGYUWCAACCUACAUCWCCUGCACCACAAGAUAAAGUACAAGAAACUGACUUCGAUUUUUGGAAAGUGAACAGUUAUAAAAAGACRGUUAGGCGAGUAGACGAUGGCGCUAAGAUGGCUGAUGAUUUUAUGAAGAUGGUUAGCGAGAGAGCAGAGCUAGAAAGCCAGUACUCUUUAAAGUUACAAGGCUGGAGUAAAAAAUGGUCUGACUUGAUAUCUAAAGGUCCUGAAUAUGGUUCCUGUAAAUCAUCCAUGCUUGAAUUUACACAGGAAGCCCAACAGCUAGCUGUAAUCCAYUGUGAGCUUCAGAAUCAGUUGAUAAACAAUGUAUAUAACAGUAUAACGUCAUGGAAGGCUGAAAACUAUCAUAAGUCCUUGUUGAGCUGGAAAGAAACYAAAAUAGCUGAAGAGAGUUUUAGUAAAGCRCAGAAACCUUGGGCAAAGAAGUAUGACGAAGUAAUGAAAUGCAAGAGGUCUUACUUCACAGCUUGCAGAGCACGCGAUCAAGCCGAGAAACUCUACAACAACAGCACUGUCGAAUCAAGUAACGUGACAGAGGAACAGACCAAGAAACUUAAAGACAAACUUACUAAAUCAGAAACCGAGGUGUCUUCCACUCAGUCAAAAUACAAGGAGGCCAUUCGCGAUAUGACAAACUACAACCCAAAGUACAAAGAAGACAUGAUUUUUGUCUUUGACAAGUUGCAAGAGACUGAAGAGAAGAGAAAAACGUUUGUCAAGGAGACGAUGAGAUCACUUUGUAAAUGUCUUGAUCCAGGACAGUUCUUUGAAAGCAUUCAACAGCUUUACCGCUGCACAUUGGAAGUGCAUGAGUCAUUGGUGUGUUAG